AUGAUGCAGAUAAAUUUAUACUUCUGUGUUUGAUAUCCUACCUUCCCUUGCUAUUUUCAGUUUAUUUCCAUUUCGGGGAUGAAUUAAAAACAUGUACACAUCAUACACUGCCAAGCUCUUUUUGGUCCAGCCCAAUGUAGGCAGAUCCUAGCUUGUUGCUCCAUAACUCCUUGGAACUCUUUCUGUUCAGGAAGGAAGCAUGGAGCUAUAAAAUCCAGAGGAAGUUUGAAGCUGAGGCAUUCCCAGGGAGACAGCAGAGCUUCUGGCAGCGCUAGAAGGGAGCCAAGGCUCACCUGCAUGCCUGCCGCCUGUCUUAGCCUGUCAUAUUCCUGUACUUGUUCUUGCUGUGUGUUCUGUUCACAAAGGGGCUCAAAGGGCUGGGUUCGAGGCCGCGGAGGUCUGGCCUGGAAGAAAUCAGGAGCAAGAAGCCAGCUUGCGAACCCCUCCUCUUUCCCCAAGAGAGCCGCUGCUGCAGAAGUCAUUCAGUGUGUGUGUGUGCCGCUUUUCCUUGAGAAAGGAUUAGAGAAUUAGUAGAGGGCUUUGUGAGAAAAAUCCUGGGAAAGGUUGCUGGGAUGGAAGCAAACAGGGAAGGAGGAUUUCAGCUCUUCUAGUCCUCUCAGUCAAGUGGCUCUGAGAACCUCAGUUGCUUGGCCUCCAGAAACUAGGGAUUUUCUUCCAUCACAUUGGAGACACCGAUAGCUGAUCAGCUUCCUUGGAUUUUGCUGAUGACCCCAGAGAGUUUUGCCUGAAGAUGGAAACACUGGAGUCGGAGCUGACCUGCCCUAUUUGUCUGGAGCUCUUUGAGGACCCUCUCCUGCUGCCCUGCGCACAUAGCCUCUGCUUCAACUGUGCCCACCGCAUCCUGGUCUCUCACUGUGCCACCAACGAGCCUGUGGAGUCCAUCAGCGCCUUCCAGUGCCCCACCUGCCGGCAUGUCAUCACGCUCAGCCAGCGAGGUCUAGACGGGCUCAAGCGCAACGUCACCCUACAAAACAUCAUUGACAGGUUUCAGAAAGCAUCUGUGAGCGGACCCAAUUCUCCCAGUGAAACCCGCAGGGAGCGGGCCUUUGACGCCAACACCAUGUCCUCUGCCGAGAAGGUUCUUUGCCAGUUCUGUGACCAGGAUCCUGCCCAGGAUGCUGUGAAGACCUGUGUCACUUGUGAAGUGUCCUACUGUGAUGAGUGCCUGAAAGCCACUCACCCGAACAAGAAGCCUUUUACAGGCCAUCGUCUGAUUGAGCCUAUCCCGGACUCACACAUCCGGGGGCUGAUGUGCCUGGAGCACGAGGAUGAGAAGGUGAAUAUGUACUGUGUGACCGAUGACCAGUUAAUCUGUGCCUUGUGUAAACUGGUUGGGCGGCACCGCGAUCAUCAGGUGGCAGCUUUGAGUGAGCGCUAUGACAAAUUGAAGCAAAACUUGGAGAGUAAUCUCACCAAUCUCAUUAAGAGGAACACAGAACUGGAGACCCUUUUGGCUAAACUCAUCCAAACCUGUCAACAUGUUGAAGUCAAUGCAUCACGUCAAGAAGCCAAAUUGACAGAAGAAUGUGAUCUUCUCAUUGAAAUUAUUCAGCAAAGACGACAAAUUAUUGGAACAAAAAUUAAAGAAGGCAAGGUGAUGAGGCUCCGCAAACUAGCUCAGCAGAUUGCAAACUGUAAACAAUGCAUUGAAAGGUCUGCUUCACUCAUCUCCCAAGCAGAGCACUCUCUGAAGGAGAAUGACCAUGCCCGUUUUCUUCAGACAGCAAAGAAUAUCACUGAGAGAGUAUCCAUGGCAACUGCAUCCUCCCAGGUCCUAAUUCCUGAAAUCAACCUCAAUGACACAUUUGACACAUUUGCCUUAGAUUUUUCCCGGGAGAAGAAGCUACUAGAAUGUCUGGAUUACCUUACAGCUCCUAACCCUCCCACAAUUAGAGAAGAGCUCUGCACAGCUUCCUAUGACACCAUCACUGUCCACUGGACUUCGGAUGAUGAGUUCAGUGUGGUCUCCUAUGAACUCCAGUACACCAUAUUCACUGGACAAGCCAAUGUCGUUAGUCUGUGUAACUCAGCUGAUAGCUGGAUGAUUGUGCCGAACAUCAAGCAGAACCACUACACUGUGCAUGGCCUACAAAGUGGCACCAAGUAUAUCUUCAUGGUCAAGGCCAUUAACCAGGCAGGCAGCCGCAGCAGUGAACCUGGGAAGUUGAAGACAAACAGUCAGCCAUUUAAACUGGAUCCCAAAUCUGCUCAUCGAAAACUGAAGGUGUCCCAUGAUAACCUGACAGUAGAGCGUGAUGAGUCAUCAUCCAAAAAGAGUCACACACCUGAACGCUUCACUAGCCAGGGGAGCUAUGGAGUGGCUGGAAAUGUGUUUAUUGAUAGUGGCCGACAUUACUGGGAAGUGGUCAUAAGCGGCAGCACAUGGUAUGCUAUUGGCCUUGCAUACAAAUCGGCACCAAAACAUGAAUGGAUUGGGAAGAAUUCUGCUUCCUGGGCCCUCUGCCGCUGCAACAAUAACUGGGUGGUGAGGCAUAACAGCAAGGAAAUCCCCAUUGAGCCAGCCCCCCACCUUAGGCGCGUAGGCAUCCUGCUGGACUAUGAUAAUGGCUCCAUUGCUUUUUAUGAUGCUUUGAACUCCAUCCACCUCUACACCUUUGAUGUGGCACUUGCACAGCCCGUGUGCCCCACCUUCACUGUGUGGAACAAGUGCUUGACGAUUAUAACCGGUCUUCCCAUCCCAGACCAUUUGGACUGUACAGAACAGCUACCUUGAGCAUCCAGACCCAGAGUAGCCCUGAGAAAUAACAAAGGUUGAGGCCACUGUGUAGGGGAUUGAGAAACUAAGGCUUCAAGAGUGUGAUGAACUAUCCCCCAACUUGUCCAGAAACCAGAUUAGAUAGGGCUCCAAAUGGGAGAUUUCCUUCCUUUAACUGUGUUUUGUAUUAAGUACGGGCUUUAAUAAUUUCUUUAAUUUUUUUUGUAUUUAGAGGAAAAUCUAUAGAUUAUUUAUAAAAGAAACAUAAUCUGGAUUAUAGCUCUUAGGAAUCACUUGGUUUUGCCCAUUAAGAAGCCCAUAAGUUUCCCAGCCCUUUACCAGUUUCAUUUCCUUCAGUCUAUGGGCUUGCAAAAAUCUUUUUGUAGAUUUGUGUGUUUAUUCACUUUCUUACAUUCUGUUUCAUACUGAGGCCAUGCUCGAUCCUGUUGCUUAGAAUAACCAAAUAUGCAGCAAAAGUAAAAAUCAUUUUGAAUCUGGUAAGAAAGAAAAUGGACUUCCUUAUGCUGGGUUUAACUGUGAUAUCAAAAACUUGUAUUGGAUCAAACAGAAUGGGGAAGAAGGGAAAAAGAAAGAACUAACUUUGGGGCUCAAGUUUAGCCGUGACUCAUGGGAUGAUUUGGGGAAGAAAAAGGAUUCUUAAACCUUUGGUCAUAUAUUAA